GUUCUUCAAUUGCCCAUCAUCACUUCAUUCAAGAGCAGUGAUUAUUCAUUCACAGAAUUGACUGAGCUUUCACGAUGAGCAAGUCACCCUGCUAGGUGCUUGGGAGGAUAUACAAAGAUGUAUAAGAUGCCUCCUCUGAUUUCUACAGCAAUUACUAGUGUAUGAUUCAUUCAGCAAUUAAUCAUGUACUGCCUUGUGAUGUUUCUUACACUAUCUAGAAAGCAUUCUUCAAAUCCUGCUAUGCUAUUUGACUUUUCACUUGUUAAUGUCUUCAUUCAUUCAGCAAAGAGUUGAAUACAUGUGACAAGCACUAUCUCAGCAGCUGGGACAGAUAUAAAGACAAACAAAUGAUAGUCUCUGCAAUCAAAAGGUCAGAAUGCAGUAUAGAAGAGGAAAUGUGAAUAAUUACAACACAACACGCCAAAUGCUACUGAAAUCCUAAAGAAGGAAUGCUCCAUUUCCCAAGGGAUCAUGCAAGGUUUCACUGAGGAGGUGAUCGUCAGCUAGGUCUGAAAGGAUAAUAUCGAAGGCACAAGGUGAAGCAGGGCAUUCCAGAUAAAGGGAGUAUAAAGACCUAAGGCACAGAGGUGUAAAAAUACAUAUGGGUGAAGGCAGAGCAUAGAGACUGAUGGAAGGUAAAGUUAGGGAAAUAAAUUAGGGAUAAAAUAGGCAAAAAUUUGGACUUUAUCCUUUGGCAGGGAACUUUUUAAUCUGAUGACAUAGUUAGCACAUGCUCACUGUAAAAAGUAACUAAACAUUUAUAGGCAUGUACAAACUAGAAAGUUAACCACUGAUAAUGGUUUGUCAUAUUUCAGAUUGUUUUCUGUGGGCAGGAUAACAUAUUGCCAUACAAAAUGAAAUUAAACUAUUAUUUUCUUCAACUUAAAAAUUUAACAGUACCUCUUGGUUAUCAUUCCAUGCCAGUACUUACCUAUUUCGGUUUUUUAAAGUGGCUGUAUAGUUGGUAAAUCAUUAGUCGCAAAAAGACCUAUUAUGGAGCCAGACUGAGUGGGUCUGGUCUUUCAGCAAGCCACUCAAGCUCUUUUUGCUUCAGUUACCUCAUCUGUAACAUGAACAUUUUCACCGUAUCUGCCGCAUGGGGUUUCUGUGAGGAUUUAAUGAGCCAAUAUCAUUCAGAAUUGUGCCUGGCAGAUGAAAACCUUGGUGGUGACUCCAUGAUUGAUUUACCUAACAUUCAAGAAGUGUUUAAAGCAAGGGAGUGCGCGAUAUAAUCUGGUUUCUUUUUAGAAAGAUCACUCUGGCACCUGUUGGGGAUGAUAAACAGGGGAGGCAGAUCAGUCAGUGGUGGAGAUCUCUUGGGAGACUCUUGCAAUACAUAGUGAUACGGAAAAUUGGUUGGUAAUGGCAGAGGAAGGAGAGGAAAAAUAAACUCUUUAACCACUUUUAAGAGACCAAAUGCUAGAACUUGUUGAUUGCUGAUGGCGGAGAAGUCCUAGAUUUUUGGCUUAGAGGACUAUGUAAAUGGUGGUGCCACAUUUGUGUAUUUUUUUUUAAAGAUUUUUUUUGAGUCUCUACUACGGAUCUGGCACUGUUCUAGGUACAGGAAAUAUGGAAACAGGCCCUCUCCUCCGAGGAGCUUACACUCCAAGAGGUAUUUAUGACAGGCAAGAGGAGACCCAGAAAUAGUUAAGUAAACACACAAAUGUACAAGAAUGGCAAACUAACUUAGCAUUUCUCGAUUGAAUCGUAGGGGUCCAGUAAGUAUUCAGUAACUUUAAAACAACUUAUCCAACGCUGUAUGAGUUUCACUAUAUCUCCUAACGGUGAUUACAGGAGCCCGUGAUUCAUUCACAGCGGCAGGAAAGGGUUAUUUGAUCUGAUCCCUCAAGUUCCGAAGGCAGGAGGUCAGACGAUCGGCCCCAUUUGGCAGCCAGAGAAAGUUAAGCAUUUUGGCCAAGGUUACACAACCCUAAACACCGGGACGCGGCCCGGACGCGGCUUCGGCUUUGCGGUCCAGGCCAGGCCACUGCGCCGGGGCCCAGCCUGCUCGGCGCCUGCCCGAGUGCUCGCCAGGCCGGUCGCCCGCGGCUCCCAGGAGCCGGCGAGGAGCCGGCGCGCAGGCGGCGGUUGCAGGGCCCUCCCUCGGCCCGACGGCGGUGGCGGCCCCGCGUCGCGAGGCACUUCCGGCGCGUGCCGGGGUGGCCGGAUGACGUGGCUGAGUCAGAGGAAGAGGCUGAGGAGGCGCGCGGGGCGGGGGAGGCUCAGGAGCGGGCGGUGACGGUGACGGCGACGGCGGCGGCAGAGGAGGCAGCGGCUGGGCCCGGGCCCCGUGCGUCUGUCCGCGCCCCGUGGAUGCGAAUCGGCCGCAGCGGAGGCGGCGGCGGCGGCGGCGGCGGAGGAGGAGUCGGUGGGCCGGCUCCGGGCCGGUGGGGCGCGGAGGAUGAGGCCGCUGCCUGGCGCUCCAGGCGUGGCGGCGGCCGCCGCGCUGUUGCUGCUGUUGCUGCCACGGGCCCGGGCGGACGAGCACGAACACACGUAUCAAGAUAAAGAGGAAGUUGUCUUAUGGAUGAAUACUGUUGGGCCAUACCAUAAUCGUCAAGAAACAUAUAAGUACUUUUCACUUCCAUUCUGUGUGGGGUCAAAAAAAAGUAUCAGCCAUUACCAUGAAACUCUGGGAGAAGCACUUCAAGGGGUUGAAUUGGAAUUUAGUGGUCUGGAUAUUAAAUUUAAAGAUGAUGUGAUGCCAGCCACUUACUGUGAAAUUGAUUUAGAUAAAGAAAAGAGAGAUGCAUUUGUAUAUGCCAUAAAAAAUCACUACUGGUACCAGAUGUACAUAGAUGAUUUACCAAUAUGGGGUAUUGUUGGUGAGGCUGAUGAAAAUGGAGAAGAUUACUAUCUUUGGACCUACAAAAAACUUGAAAUAGGUUUUAAUGGAAAUCGAAUUGUUGAUGUUAAUCUAACUAGUGAAGGAAAGGUGAAACUGGUUCCGAAUACUAAAAUCCAGAUGUCAUAUUCAGUAAAAUGGAAAAAGUCAGAUGUAAAAUUUGAAGAUCGAUUUGACAAAUACCUUGAUCCGUCCUUUUUCCAACAUCGGAUUCAUUGGUUUUCAAUUUUCAAUUCCUUCAUGAUGGUGAUCUUCUUGGUGGGCUUAGUUUCAAUGAUUUUAAUGAGAACAUUAAGAAAAGAUUAUGCUCGGUACAGCAAAGAGGAAGAAAUGGAUGAUAUGGAUAGAGACCUAGGAGAUGAAUAUGGAUGGAAACAGGUGCAUGGAGAUGUGUUUAGACCAUCAAGUCACCCACUGAUAUUUUCCUCUCUCAUUGGUUCUGGAUGUCAGAUAUUUGCUGUGUCUCUCAUCGUUAUUAUUGUUGCAAUGAUAGAAGAUUUAUAUACUGAGAGGGGAUCAAUGCUCAGUACAGCCAUAUUUGUCUAUGCUGCUACGUCUCCAGUGAAUGGUUAUUUUGGAGGAAGUCUGUAUGCUAGACAAGGAGGAAGGAGAUGGAUAAAGCAGAUGUUUAUUGGGGCAUUCCUUAUCCCAGCUAUGGUGUGUGGCACUGCCUUCUUCAUCAAUUUCAUAGCCAUUUAUUACCAUGCUUCAAGAGCCAUUCCUUUUGGAACAAUGGUGGCCGUUUGUUGCAUCUGUUUUUUUGUUAUUCUUCCUCUAAAUCUUGUUGGUACAAUACUUGGCCGAAAUCUGUCAGGUCAGCCCAACUUUCCUUGUCGUGUCAAUGCUGUGCCUCGUCCUAUACCGGAGAAAAAAUGGUUCAUGGAGCCUGCAGUUAUUGUUUGCCUGGGUGGAAUUUUACCUUUUGGUUCAAUCUUUAUUGAAAUGUAUUUCAUCUUCACAUCUUUCUGGGCAUAUAAGAUCUAUUAUGUCUAUGGCUUCAUGAUGCUGGUGCUGGUUAUCCUGUGCAUUGUGACUGUCUGUGUGACUAUUGUGUGCACAUAUUUUCUACUAAAUGCAGAAGAUUACAGGUGGCAAUGGACAAGUUUUCUCUCUGCUGCAUCAACUGCAAUCUAUGUUUACAUGUAUUCCUUUUACUACUAUUUUUUCAAAACAAAGAUGUAUGGCUUAUUUCAGACAUCAUUUUACUUUGGAUAUAUGGCGGUAUUUAGCACAGCCUUGGGGAUAAUGUGUGGAGCGAUUGGUUACAUGGGAACAAGUGCCUUUGUCCGAAAAAUCUAUACUAAUGUGAAAAUUGACUAGAGACCCAAGAAAACCUGGAACUUCAGAUCAAUUUCUUUUUCAUAGGGGUGGAACUCGCACAGCAAAAACAAACGCAAGAAGAGAUUUGGGCUUUAACACACCGGGUACUUUGUGGGUCUCUCUUUCGUCAAUGGCUUAAAGUAACAUCUAUUUCCAUUGAUCCUAGGUUCUUACUGACUGCUUUCUCCAACUGUUCACAGCAAAUGCUUGGAUUUUACGCAGUAGGCAUUACUACAGUACAUGGCUAAUCUUCCCAAAAACUAGCUCAUUAAAGAUGAAAUAGACCAGCUCUCUUCAGUGAAGAGGACAAAUAGUUUAUUUAAAGCAUUUGUUCCAAUAAAAUAAAUAGAGGGAAACUUGGAUGCUAAAAUUACAUGAAUAGGAAUCUUCCUGGCACUUAAGUGUUUCUAUGUUACUGAAAAAUGAUGUUCCAGAAAGAUUACUUUUUUCCUCUUAUUUUUACUGCCAUUGUCGACCUAUUGUGGGACAUUUUUAUAUAUUGAAUCUGGGUUCUUUUUUGACUUUUUUUUCCCCCCAAUCCAACUGCAUCCUUUUUUUUUUUUUUUUAAGAGGGAAUUAGAAAAUAUUAAAUCCUGCAUGUAAUAUAUCUGCUGUCAUCUUAGUUGGACCAACUUCCCAUUUAUUUAUCUUAAAACUAUACAGUUACAUUUUAAUUCCAUCCAAAGAAGAUACAGUUUGAAGAUAGAGAUGUACUCUCUACAAUGCAAUUUACUGUACAGUUAGAAAGCAAAAGUGUUAAAUGGAGAAGAUACUUGUUUUUAUUAAACAUUUUGAGAUUUAGAUAAACUACAUUUUAACUGAAUGUCUAAAGCGAUUAUCAUUUUUUCCCCCAAGUUAGUCUUACAUCUUUUGGGUUUGAAUGAAGGUUUUACAUAAGAAAUUGUUAAAAACAAGGGGGGGUGGGUAAUAAAUGUAUAUAACAUUAAAUAAUGUAACGUAGGUAUAGAUUCCCAAAUGCAUUUGGAUGUACAAAUCGACUGCAGAGUACUUUUUUCUUAUGAUGAUUGGUGUAGAAAUGUGUGAUUUGGGUGGCCUUUUACAUCUUGCCUACCAUUGCAUGAAACAUUGGGGUUUCCUCAAAAUGUGUGUGUCAUACUUCUUUUGGGAGGGGGGUUGUUUUCUUUGGUUUAUUUUCUGAGACUCCUACAGGAGCCAAAUUUGUAAUUUAGAGACAUUUAAUUUUGUUAAUCCUGUCUGGGACACUUAAGUAACAUCUAAAGCAUUAUUGCUUUAGAAUGUUCAAAUAAAAUUUCCUGACCAAAUUGUUUUGUGGAAAUAGAUGUGUUUGCAAUUUGAAGAUAACUUUCUGUUCAAAAGGCAAAAUUAAUGCCAUUUAAAAAAAUAUAAACUAUGCUACUCUCAUACAGGGGACCCAUACUUUAAAAUCUCCAGACUUGCUUAUAUCUAGAUUAUCCAGCACAAUCAUAAAGUGAAUGACAAACUCUUUGAAUGAAAUUGUGGCACAAAAUCUGUUCAGGUUGGUGUACCGUGUAAAGUGGAGAUGGGGUAAAAGUGGUUAACAUACUAUUGGAUCAGCAAAUAAAAGUUACAGUUUUGUAAGAGAAGUGAUUUGAAUACAUUUUUCUGGAACUAUUCAUAAUAUGAAGUUUUCCUAGAACCACUGAGUUUCUAGUUUAAUAGUUUGCUAUGCAAAUGACCACCUAAAACAAUACUGUAUAUUGGUAUUUUUAGAAAGACUCAAAACACCUCUGUAUUUAAACCUUAAUAUGAAAAUCAUGUGAUUAAUAGUUACACAAGAUGUUUUCAUUUCAAAAUAUGUAUCUAUAUAUUGAUGGACUCCACAUCCUAUAUUGUGACAUGAAAGUCCUUUAAAAGGUGAAAAGUACGAUUUCUUACCUCUUAAGUAUGAUUGAUAUGAUCCAACAUAUUUGAUUAGAAGCUGUAGGUAAAUCUACUCUUCUUAGGCCAAAAUGAUAUAUUAAAUGUAAUUUAUUAGUACUUCCAUUUUCUCUUCCUUCUUUCUUGCCUUUAAGAUCUUCUAUAAAAGAAACUAAAAGUUAAUAUUUAGUUGUUUAUAUUAUGUAACCUUUUAACUAUAUAUAAAAUACUUUUUUAGUUUCUUUCUCACCACUUUUAUUCAAAAGUACUUUUAACAUACCAGUACGUAGUCUGUCUGAUGGGAGUAUAAAUUGGACAGUAAGCUUUUGUCUUAAUAAAAUGAAAUUUGUUUCUCAUGAUAUGAAUCUUACAGGUAAGAUGUAGGGUUUAUUGAAAAUAUGUGGGUUAAAUACUUUCAGGUACACCAAUUCUUUCUACUAAAUUGAGCUUUAUUUGAAGUUCUUUGGAAUCUGUGGUGAAAAAUAGUUUUCUAAUUUCCAAAUACAUUAAGAGCAUUACAAUGAAUAUUAAUCACCUUUAAAGUCUUUUGAAAAGGGCUUGUAUUGGUUUUUGGCUGCAUAGAGGGGCUGAAUAAGUGUGUGUGUGUGUGUGUGUGUGUGUGUGUGUGUGUGUGUGUGUGUGUGUCUUGUUCUUACAGAAGAUGUAAUUCACAAAUAGUUUAGCUCCCUAGCGCUAAGUUUAGACAAUAGAACAUUAUUUAAGUUAAUUGAAGGGUGAGAUUUUCAUACCCCCACUAAUGCUGUGUAUCUGUCUUUCGUUUGUUAACAUUAUUUGCUUAAUUUCUUUCAACUGACACUUUGAAAAAUACUAUCAAAAACUAAGGCUAGACAUUCCCCGUGUAUCUUUAAGCAUGCUUCUCCUGAAAUUUAACUACAUUAGUAGUUGACAUUUGUAUACAUAUAUCCUAAUACAAGAGUAGGAUAAGGUGGAAAUGUACUGGCCUGAGGGAUGGUGAAGCAUUCUUUUAGUAUUUUUUAUCCUGUUGGGCUCCUAGAUUGUACUGGGGUUGCCCAUAAAUCAAACCCCAUACUCUCAGAAUUCAUUAUAUUGUGGUAAUAUCCGAACCUAGUGAAUGGUACGCUUGGGUGUUUUCCAUUGAGAGUGGAUGGACCUCUUUAUAAAGUUGGUUGCUGCAAAAUCCAUUUCUUCCAAAAGCCACUUUAUUUAGGGUUUAUUCACAAAUCUUAACCAUUUUGAUAUAUUGUUUGUUUUCUAAUGUUUAUUAACCACCUUAUACCAAAUGUCUUGCAAAGAAAUGUUAUUAAAACCUUGAAUUUUUACAAAUGUGAAAAACAAGUGUAUUAAUGUAUUUGUUCAGGAAAAGCUACAUACCGAAGGGCUUUUGUAUAUGAAUUCUGUGGUAGGGAGACCCAUUUGUAAUCUGUAUGGCAGUUCCAUCUAGGUUUUAAGUUUAGAUUUCACCGUGUCUUAGUGCUUCAUUCUAUUGGUUUACUGGAACAUGUAAUAAAUAGGAGUAGUGAUGUAUUAAAACACAAGUAUUCAUUAAUGUUUUAUAUCUUCACUAAAAUUCUAUAAUUAUGAAACUGUAUUUCAUCGAUCAAGGUGUUAUAUUUCAAUCAGAGAAGUGAACAUUUAUGAAGAUUAUUUGGAAGUGUGUACAGAAAUAAACUAGACUUACAAGUAGGCUAGAUCAGAAAGUUAACAUAUGAACCUGCAGAGAUCUUGUAAGACUUAAAUUCAGUGUGAGGAACAACUCUGGUUCUCUCCUAGGAGGAUUUCCUAAAAGCCAUCUGAUUUGGCAUUCUUACUGGAGCUGUAGACAGAAAUCUACAAAGACAAAAGUGAACAAAAUUAAGUUAUUAUUCCACUGUUAGGAAUGGAAAUAAACUUGUGAAGUCUGUUUAUUUUGAAGUAUUGGUGAACUAGGCGCUUGCUAAUUGAUAACUGCAGCAUAGUUUGUGUUUACUCCAGUUCAUCAACUUGGGUCAUUUGAAAGAUAUAAGAGCUUAAGGCAAGGAAGAAAUAACAUGGAAUUCUAUUUCAAGGACAACAGAACAUUCUUGGAAAAGCAGCUCCAGUUGGCUUUUCAACUGUGUCAAACUUGAAUUUGUAAGUCCCCACAGAGCAUGGACAGUCGGUGCAGAGUUCCAAGGAAACAGUUAUUGCCAAUGAUCACUUCCAUUUUGUAUACACUCUUUGGUUCAUAUAGGCCAUAUUCCAACUGGCUUUUUAGUAAUAGAAGUCCAGUAUAUAAUGUAUCAAAUACAAUUGAGGUUCUAACCUAGUGUGUUAAUUUAUCUGAAUUUGGAUUUUUUAAAAGUAAUAAAAGGUUAAAUGUA